AAAACUUAUAAAGAACUACAAAUUAUUGAUAGAAGUUUCAGGAGGAUAUUAAACGAAAAGUAAUACAUCCUUAAAUCUUUAUAACAAGUUAGCGUGGAAAGGAACUCCUUUUCUACUUAUUAUUGAGGGUAGUCCACUGAAGCAAUAAUUGAACUGACUUCUUGUGAGAAGGAGAAGUGAAGAAGAAAAAAAAAUGCAUCUCUCCAAAUUGAUCGUGGUUUUACUGGUCCUUGGGAUCAGCCUCCCAGCCCUGGUCCAGUCCAAGGGAGCGGCUCAUAAGGCCGAGAUGGAAGACAAUGAGUUUGCAGAGUUUGAGGAUCUAGAUGAAGACGAGGAUGAUGAUUUCAUCGCUGUGGAGACAGAAGAGGAAGAGGAUGAUGACAGGGAGUUUGAUGACGUGAUGGCUGAAGACGGGGAGGACGUAAUCGAUCGAGAUGAAUUCGGUGAUGAAGACGAGGAUAUGCUUGAUGAUGAAGAUGACUUUGACCACUUCCAGGAUACAGAAGAGUUUGAGAAUUUUGAGGAGCGACCUGCCAAAGGAAAAGGGAAAGAGGCACCCGAUCUUGAAAUCACUAAGGUCCCCCUUCAUCUGCGUAACAGCUGGGACAGCUACUACCUUGAGUUGCUGAUGUUGGCUGGGGUGGCGGCUUACCUUCUCAACUACAUGAAUGGCAAGUCCAAGAACCAGCGCCUUGCCACGGCCUGGCUCAACUGCCAUAAGGAACUCCUGGAAGCAAACUUUGCUCUCGUGGGUGAUGAUGGCUCAAAGGAAAUGCCUACUUCAGUGAACCUGUUGAAGCAAAGCGAGAACAGAUACUGUCUCUGGUGUUCAGGGAGAGUUUUCUGUGAAGGAAUGCUUGUCGAACUGAAAUUCUUAAAGAGGCAGGAUCUCUUGAGUGUUAUAUCUCGUACCAUGCAUCCAGCGGGGGAUGAAAUAAAAGUGACGGUGACCCUAGAUGCAGACUCGAUGGAUAGCUUUGUCCUCUUCUUUGGGGCCAAGAAGAUCACUAACCGCAUGCUCAAGGACAUGCAAGAUCUGAGUCAAUAUUGUGGCGAUAAGAGAGGUGGUGACAAAUUUGGGUUGCCUGCAAGCACAGUAGUACUAGCUGAAUUAGGGGAGGUUGUCAAUGGUGUUUUGGAUACUAAGGUUCUGAACUGCUUGAACAGCCAUCCAGAAAUGUUUGAUUAUAUGCAUAUCUCGGACCAAUUUUCUGGUCCAAAACCUGCGGCUGAGGACGAACAGCCAACUACAAUGCCUCCAACUGAAAAGGUGCUCAUUUGUAACUUCAAAGUCCCCGGCAAUGGCUCUAAGAGCAACAUCGAGGACAUGUUACCCAUGAUGAAGAUGGUCAUCUACCUGGUGGAUAAGAUCAAGAGAUUCCGUCUCUCCAAGGAGGGCAAGGUGAAGGCUGAGAAGAUCCGUGCCAAGGUGGCAGAGUCCUACGUGAAGCUUGCCCAUGCCCAGCGACAGGAGCUUGCCCAGCAGCGCCGGGAAGACAAACGUCGUGUCGAGAAGGAUCGUCUCCUCAACGAAGAGGAUCCAGACAAGGCCCGUCGCCUUGAGGACAAGCAAUACAAAAAGGACAUGCGUAAGCGUAUGAACCCCAACAUGAAGCAGAUCAAGGUUAGAGGUACAUAGACAGAUGCCAGGGAUCCCUUGCUUUACCAAGACUACACCACCACCAUCAUCACCAAUGUCCGUAACUCCAUAUCCAGACUGUCAGGUGGCUCAAUGCUCCAUCUGGGGGGUGUUUCAUAAAGAUCAUAAGUCGAACUUAAC